GGACAAGGAGUUGGUGAUGUUCAAAAAGAUAAGGUAGAGUUUUUGUGUGGAGGUGGUGAUAUAUAAUAGUACUGAAGGAAAGAGAAAGGUAUGGUGAGUUUGUAAUUAAAAAGCUAAGAGAAAAGCAAAAAAGAAAAAAAAUGAUGCAAGAAGAAGGUAGGAAGGAAGAAGAUGGUAAGAGUUCACUUGUAAUUCUGAUCACGGGAGUGAGCAGAGGGUUAGGACGAAGUUUGGGUUUAGAGUUGGCAAAGCUUGGUCAUACCAUUGUUGGUUGUUCUCGUAAUCAUGACACUCUUCAUUCUCUUCAAACGCAACUCUCUUCUGUCUCCACUAAACAACACUUGCUCCUCAACCUUGAUGUGACUUCCAAUAGUGGUGUUGAAGAUCUACUUCAAGCUGUCCUUCAAACAAAUCUCAUUCCUGAUAUCCUUGUGAACAAUGCUGGUAUAGCGAAUGAGAAGUCAAAGUUUUGGGAGAUUCCUCAAAAGGAAUUUGAUUCAGUGAUUGAUACAAAUAUCAAAGGAACAGCAAAUGUACUUCGUCAUUUCAUUCCUCCUAUGAUCGCAAGGGAGAAGAAAAUUAUUGUGAACAUGUCUUCAUUGUGGGGAAGAAUUGGGGCUCCUAUGUUCUCACCGUAUAGCGCAUCAAAGUGGGGAAUUGAGGGAUUGACGAAGUCGAUUGCAGAAGAGCUGCCAAAGGGAAUGGCUAUUAUUGCACUUCAUCCUGGCAUUGUAAACACUGACAUGCUCCGCACCGCCUUCGGUGAUUUCGCCUCUAAUUACCAAAAUCCUCAACAAUGGGCUACGAAGGCAGCUUCUAUGAUUCUCAAUCUUUCAAGUGCUGAUAAUGGUGCAUCUCUCACUGUUGAGGAUCCUGGAAUUCUUGUUAGGUGAAUUCUCAUGAUUUCAUCGAGAAAUUAUAUAUAUUGCUCAAGAAACUUUCUUGUUAGUCUGUGUUCUUUUUUCCUCCUUUGCUUAUAUUAUGAUAUGUUUGGCUGUUGUUAUAAUAAUUAUAAUUAUAGUUAUUAUUAUUUCUCUACUCCAAGACAUAUUAAUGUUGUGUGAGGACGAUAUUCAACUAUAACGUGGAAAGUAUUAAUUUUAAUAUAUACUACAUUCUUAUCUUAA